AUGACACCGCACGGUCAAGCUACACAGAAACUGAUCUACUAUAAACAUAUUGCAACUAUUACAUCAGCCCCCCAGCAGCGGUGCGUGCGGUAUAAAUUGGUUCACGAUUUCCGAUCAGGGCACAGUUUGGUCGAGUUCUCUGCACUGCAAACAACAGCUCACUUCUGCAAACCAACAACCAUGGCCUUCAAGUUUGUCGCGUUCGCCGCUCUGGUCGCUGUUGCCCGCGCUGGAUUGAUUGCCUCGCCAGCUGUCAGCUAUGCUGCGGCUCCGGCCCUUGUCGCUGCUCCGGUAGCCAAGGUCGCUACUUAUGCCGCCCCGAUCGCCAAGGUUGCGUACGCCGCCCAGCCGGAAGAGUACGACCCGAACCCUCAGUACUCGUUCUCGUACGGAAUCUCGGACUCUCUGACCGGUGACUCCAAGUCCCAGCAGGAGUCCCGCAGCGGAGAUGUUGUCCAGGGAUCGUACUCGGUCGUUGACGCCGAUGGUUACAAGCGUACCGUUGACUACACGGCUGACCCACACAACGGAUUCAACGCUCAGGUCCGUCGUGAGCCUCUGGGUGCUAAGGUCAUUGCUGCCCAGCCCGCUGUCGCCUAUGCUGCCCCUCUGGCCACCAAGACCAUCUCUUAUGCCGCUCCAGUAGCCAAGACCAUCUCGUACGCCGCUCCAGUAGCCACCAAGACCUACGUCUCGAGCCCAGCUGUGUCCUAUGCCGCUCCUCUGGCCACCAAGACCUACGUCUCGAGCCCAGCUGUGUCCUACGCCGCUCCUCUGGCCACCAAGACCUACGUCUCGAGCCCAGCUGUGUCCUAUGCCGCUCCUCUGGCCACCAAGACUUACGUCUCGAGCCCAGCUCUCUCGUACGCCGCCCCGGCCUACGCUUCCUACCACUAAGCGCAUAAAGACUGUUGAUGUUGACCAUGUUAUGUUUGACGGAACUGAGAUGAUAUUUAUUGUAUA